AUGUGUUAUGUUAGGGUGGUCCGAAAUGAGGGGUGGGGUCAACAACACUCCAAUAGAGCAGGAACACCUAAGGGAUUCGAGGAAGACAUAACCACUACGACAGAUUUGGAGGUGGUAGUCACCAGGCUAGAGGAAUUAAAGCUGAGUUUGGUGGGUUUAGCAGUAGACAGUUCAACCUCGAUCCUGCGACUGGUUUCUGCUAUUAGGGUAUCUGGCUUCGCAGCAUUGGCAAUAGACGUGGUGAGACUCUCCCGAGUAAAAUUUCUCAUAGUCCUUAAGACAAAGAAAGAUUUUAGGGAUUUCAAGGAAGAUGCCCCCUUACAUCUCCUAAUGGCACUCGAAGGAGUGUUCCCUUGGUCCCUGAGCAAGGUCAAAGUUGGAGAGGGCACCUGGGUGCGUUUGUUUGGGAUACCGACUCAUGCUUGGUUGGAGGCAGUUAUCAUAGAUCUAGGAAAUUACUUCGGCAAGGUGGUCCAGAUUGACACGAGCAGCAGUUUUGGCCUUUUCCAUGUGUAUGCCAGGAUAAGGAUCAAACUCCGCCCUGGAGUUAACUUAAGAUUCAUAAAGUCAGGAAAUGAUACCGUUGUCAGACGGAGUCUUCUCUCCAACGGUCUUGGCUUGACGCCUCCCAUGGGGUGGAACAGUUGGAAUCAUUUCUAUUGCAGUAUUAAUGAGACGAUAAUCAGAGAAACUGCUGAUGCUUUGAUAUCAACUGGCCUUUACAAGCUUGGAUAUCACUAUGUUAACAUAGAUGAAUGUUGGGCUGAGAUGGAUCGUGACACGGAGGGUAAUUUGGUCGCUAGCAAAACGAUGUUUCCAUCUGGGAUUAAGGCUCUUGCAGAUUAUGUACAUAGCAAGGGGCUUAAGAUUGGAAUCUAUUCAAAUGCAGGGUAUCAGACAUGUAGCAGGACAAUGCCAGGAUCACUUGGUUUUGAAGAGCAAGAUGCCAUGACCUUUGCUUCAUGGGAAGUUGAUUAUUUGAAAUAUGACAAUUGCUGGAACGGUGGAAUUAAGCCAACAAUUCGAUAUCCUGUAAUGACAAAAGCACUAAUGAAGACGGGCCGCCCAAUCUUUUUCUCUCUCUGCGAAUGGGGGGACAUGCACCCGGCUCUGUGGGGUGCUAAAGUUGGAAACAGUUGGAGGACUACCAAUGACAUUGCUGAUAACUGGGAGAGCAUGGUCUCUAGAGCUGAUGCGAAUGAAGUGUUUGCUGACUAUGCAAGGCCUGGUGGCUGGAAUGACCCAGACAUGCUUGAGGUAGGAAAUGGAGGGAUGACAAACGACGAGUACAUAGUCCACUUCAGCAUAUGGGCUAUUUCUAAGGCUCCUCUUCUAAUUGGAUGCGAUUUACGAACCGCUAGUAAUGAAACGUUGGCAAUCCUCAGCAAUAAGGAAGUCAUCGAUGUUAACCAAGAUCCUCUUGGCGUUCAGGCUAAGAAGGUUAGAAUGGAAGGAGAUGGCGAGAUUUGGGCUGGACCCCUAUCGGGCUAUAGGUUUGUCGUCCUUAUACUAAAUCGGUCUAAAGAUUGGACAUACAACAUCGUAGCACACUUUGAUGACAUUGGUCUCCCACCAGGGUCGGUGGUCCAAGCGAGAGAUAUCUGGAAGCACGAGACAUUGAAGGAGACAUACGAGGAUCAAAUGACAGCCAUAGUUGGUCCACACGCAUGCAGGGUGUUCGUGUUGACGCCGGUAUCUUACAACACUCCAUUACCUUAGGAGGAAGUCUCAUCAAUGCCAUUUUUCUUAGGAAAUUGAUUAAAAGCCUAGAAGAUAAAAAUGGUCUACAUGUGGACCUGGUUUAGUGU